UCAUCUUCUUUUCCAGAUGGAGCUCUUCUCCUGGGGGCGUCAAGCUUGAGUGGGCGUUGCUGGGUGGGUUCCAUUUGGGUAUUCAAGGAUCCAAAACGGGCCCCAAAUGAAGGCUUUUGCUCUGCUGGAGUUCAGACAGAAGCAGGUGUGGCAGAUCUGAAAUGGAUAGCGGAUAAAGGAAUACUGGUGGCCUCAGAUUCUGGGGCUGUGGAGCUCUGGGAGUUGGAUGAGAAUGAAACUCUGAUAGUGAACAAGUUUUGUAAAUACGAGCAUGAUGACAUCGUGACCACAGUCAGCGUUUUCACUAACACCACUCAGGCCGUUAGUGGCAGCAAAGACUUCUGCGUGAAGGUUUGGGACAUCCCACAGCAAACAGUGCUGCACUCUUACAGAGCUCAUUCCAGCCCAGUGACUUGUGUGGCCACUUGUCCCGGUAAGGAUACCGUGUUCCUGUCUUGUGCUGAGGAUGACAGAAUUUUACUGUGGGAUACCAGGUGCCCCAAACCAGCUACUCGAAUGUUUUGCAGUGCCUCUGCUCACCUCCCUACCUCAGUUAUAUGGCAUCCACAGCAAAAUGACACGUUUGUUUUGGGUGAUGAAAAUGGGACAGUUGCCCUUGUAGACACAAAGAACCCAGAUGCUGCUCUAAGUUCAGCUGUGCACUCCCAAACUAUCACCGGGUUUGCAUUUUCUACACACAGUACACCCCUCCUAGCUUCAAUUAGUGAAGACUGCUCAGUAGCUGUUCUUGACUCCAGCCUUUCAGAGCUUUUCAGAAACCGCUCUCAUCGGGACUUUGUGAGAGGCCUGGCAUGGUCUCCUGUGAACAAGACCUUGCUCUCCACCGUGGGAUGGGACCAUCAAGUUCUACACCACACAGUUCCAACUCAGACUAGCGAAGCUGCUGCAAGUAACAGUGUAUAGGACUAAUUUUUUUAUAAACUUGCUGGUCCAGAUAGAUCUCUGGUAUACCUCCACGUGGUAUGCAUCAGGGAGCUAUCUGGCUACAUCCCCUGUCUCUGAACUUAUGGCUUGCAACCAAGAAGACAGGUCCUGUAGCAACUUUGUGUUAGGCACGAGCUAAUAACAAAAACUGCCCCAUGAUGUAGAGACCAGAUUCACCUGUGAUAAAAAAUUUUAACGUGUUGCACCAGAGAAUUUAGAUUUUUUUUCCAGGAAUUGCAGGGAAACUGACAAUUAGGUAAAAAUAAAUAAAUAAAACCACAAAGGAUUUGGCUUUUAUUCUUCUUCACUUACCAAACCACUUACAGAAGAAGACAGACAAAAUUCUCCUACUAGUUAAAAAGUCUGUCAGGUCUUGUGUGGCACCUUGUUUGAGUUGCGAUGAGUGGAACAGUAAGAGUAGUGUAAAUUAAUCCUGACAAAGGACUAGGAAGCCGUAGUUCAGUAUUUAUAAGACAGAAGGACUACACUGUGACUAAUACAACCUCCAGCGCAGUUGAGGAGGCGGCCUCUUCCCUAUAUUCGAGUCCCUACACAGACACAGAAUUUGCUAGUCAUUUCUGCUGCCUUGUGAAUAGAGAGCUGAAUGUUCAGAUAAUCAAUAAGAGAAAAGAUGGAGACCUGUGCUAUGCGGAUCACAGGGUUCUCCAGCCCAGCCUUUCAGUGUCUUUGUGGUGAAAUAUCGUCUAGGCUAUGGAGAAAUGUGUCUGUAUCAAAGAUGGUGGUAGUUCAGUUGGCUGCAUUAUAGUUGACGUGAACGGAGGCCCGAAAACCAAGACAAGUUACCACUGUGGCUUCCCAAGGUCAAAACUUCAGCCUCCCUGUUUGGCAGAUACUUCACUUAAAGCUCAAAUUUACUCAUUCCUCUUGUGAAAGUAACUAUGGCUUUUUGUGCUGGGGAGGGAACUGUACUCCCCAAAUUCCUAACUUGUGCAAUGCCUUCAAAACUGUUCCCGUACACUACGGUGUGGCUUUGUAAAUCUGCCAUGCUUGGGCUUGUUCCAUACUGCAGUCAGGGUAUUUUGUUCUCCAUGCAGGGUUCUUGCCCACUUCUCUAGCCUCCAAAAUUUAAGUAGGUCACAUACUAUGAGGCAAAGAUACAGAAAGUUAGAUUAGAAGCCACUUCUCCUCUUAAUGUGUAACAUUAUGCCCUAAUAAAUCUGUUAGUCUCUAAGGUGCCAUGGGACUCCUUAUUGUUUAUGCUGUUCUGUAUGAGCUAAGAAAUCAAAAUGAAGGAUAAUAUUAACUUCACCAGAUCUACACGUUAGAUUAUAGCAGACCCAAAUGGUGCAGUACCCAUAGGUAAUGUUCAGGCAGGUAGACAGAUUUCCUAGUUUAAUUUUUUUUUCCAUUUAGUCAUUUAAAGCCGAGUUGGCUCUCUUAUGAAUUCCGACACAAAGAAAUGUUUCACUGAUCUAGUUUGGUGUAGCAUAUUCAAAAGAGAAAGAGUUAUAAAAGCAAAUGCCUUUAAUUUUAAAAUAAAGGAAGAGGAAAAACCUCAUACUUACUGUCAUGGACCUCUGUGAUACUGUAGUGAGAAUUGAAACAAGACUUGUGCUGUUUACAUGUAAAAUGGAUGGAUGUCUUUGAAAACGGAAGGCAAGUUUUUAAUAAAGCAUAGUUUUAA